UAUAUCCAUCCACCUUCUGAUUGAAGCAGUAAGGGCGGCGGUGAUAGGGGGUAUAAAUGUGUGUGUGUGCGAAUGCGUCUGAAGGGUUUCGGACUGGAGAUGCAUAAAGAAAGGGCAGUUUCGAGGAAGUGACGGACGACGCUCAGUGGUCUGGUCAGAGGAAGUUUGUUCGAUGCGCCGUGCUGUUGAAAGAAACUUUUCACUCCAGUGAGCGCCAGAAGCACCCGUGGAUCGGGUCGGACGGAUCCGGCGGCGGAGGGAGCUUUUGUUUCCCCUUCACACUUAGCAGCACUGAGAAAUAACUUGAGGUCGGGAGAAAGAGGGGCUCGCACAGGAAUUUCACUCCCAUAACCGACCCCCCUCCCCUUUUUCCUUCUUUUCCCCGCGCCUCCUUUGAUUUCUUUCUGGGAUCCGCGAUGGGAAAGGAGCAGGAGCUUCUUGAAGCGGCGCGCACGGGAAACCUGGCUGCCGUGGAGAAGCUUUUAUCCGGGAAGCGACAGUCCGCUGGCGGAUCGUCUGGGACCGGUGGAAGCGGCAACAGCGGUGGCCACGGCGCCUCCUCUCAUCCGCUCUCCAGUCUGCUCAGUAUCUGGAGAGGCCCCAAUGUGAAUUGCGUGGACAGCACUGGAUACACCCCUCUUCACCACGCAGCCCUUAAUGGACACAGCGAGGUGGUGGAGGUGCUGCUAAGAAACGAGGCUCUGACUAACAUCGCAGACAACAAGGGCUGCUAUCCUCUCCAUCUGGCUGCGUGGAAGGGAGACGAGCAUAUCGUAAAGCUUCUCAUUCACCAAGGACCUUCACACCCCAAACUCAACGAGCAGAGCUCUGUAGACCAUAAAGAGUUCAAACGCUGUGGGCCCUUUGACCCCUAUAUUAAUGCCAAGAACAAUGACAACGAGACACCGCUGCACUGUGCCGCCCAGUACGGCCACUCUCGGGUGGUGCGGCUGCUGCUGGAGGAACUCACUGAUCCCACCAUGAGGAAUAACAAGUUUGAGACUCCGCUGGACCUGGCAGCACUGUACGGCCGCCUGGAGGUUGUCAAACUGCUGCUCAGUGCCCAUCCUAAUCUGCUCAGCUGCAACACCAAGAAACACACACCACUACACCUGGCCUCUCGCAACGGACACCUACCCGUAGUGGAGGUGUUACUAGAUGCUGGAAUGGACAUUAACUAUGAGACAGAGAAAGGCAGUGCACUCCAUGAAGCCGCUCUGUUUGGGAAGACCGAUGUGGUGCAGAAACUUCUCUGUGCAGGGAUCGAUGUGAACAUCGUCGACCAGAAGGGCCUGACAGCGCUGGACAUUGUCAAGGACAUGCCCUCUAAGAAAAGCAAACAGAUAGCUGCCCUGAUCCUUGGUCAUAUGACUGGAAAACCCCCUGAUAUUGACCUUCCCCCUCCACCAGUGCCUCCACCUCAGGAGAGCCCAAGCCCACGGAAAAAGGGUGACCUGGAGAAAGUCUGUGAGCUAAUCUCGGGGCUGGCCCUGGGGCCCGAGGAGGAGAGCCCUUAUGAAGCUCUGUUUGAGGCCACUUCUUGCCACUCUUUAGACAGCCUCACCAGUGGGAAGUCCUCUGACAGAGACUCGGGAAGGCCUGAUAGUGAAGCUGGAAAGAAAGAUCGCCUGGUCCUCUCGUCACAUCCUGGCCCUGGUAAUGAAGAGGAGGCCCUGUAUACUAGCAGCAGUGCUGAUGAGAAAAGGGAGCCAGCGGAGGAGGAGGAUCACACAUAUGAGUUGUUGCUGACUGCAGAGACAAAAAUCCCACCACCACCUAGCCAUGAGCCCCACUCAUAUAAAGAUGACAAUACCACUAUACAGUCUUCCAACAGUGUCCUACCUCAGCAUAAACCUUCUGCCCCAAACGACCUUAGAGCCCCAAGUAAGACGAAAGACACCUUGCACCCUCCAGGAAGAGUGGGCCCAGGGGUGCCGGGAGAUAACUCACAGCUCAGCCAGGACCAGGAAGCAGGUGUACCAGAGCAGUUCACAGGCCUCCUACACGGAUCUUCUCCUGUCUUUGAGAGCCGUGAGGAGUCCUUUCGGCUUCCAGGUGUUCUGCCACCCAAUCAAGACCAGCCAGAAACAAAAAAGAGGGCCAAAGCUACUGCAGCUGCACCGCCACCUAGCCGUCCUAGCAUGGCCGCCAUCCUGACAGACUGUGAUCCAAAAGCAAUUUAUGCUACUGUGAACAAGGAACCCAGGGACUUGGUGGCUGGUGCUGUAUCUGCUGUCAAGAUGCGCCCUCCUGGGGACCUGAAGCUGGCACGCAGCCUGUCCAAGUCUGACUCAGACUUGCUCGUGUCGCCUCCUAAUGAAGAGGAAGGAGGAUUGGGAAACCGUAGCGAGUCUGUUUCUAACUGUAGCACGGCUAAGAAGAGACUUGAGAAAUCUCCCUCCUUCACCUCAGAAUGGGAUGAGCAGACACCGGCGACUUCUGACUCCCCAAAACAAAGAAGAUCUAAUUCCUCCGACAGCAUCGAGAAGAUGAUGACUAUGAUUGGUGCAGGCAUUGAUUUUUCCAGAGAUCAGCAAUACGCUACACCAGCAGGUGCUGCAGGCCGACUGCUGGACCAGCCCGUGGGAGACUGGCUGGAGCAUGUGGGUCUGCCGCAGUACGAGAGCAAACUACUCCUGAAUGGAUUCGACGACCUUCACUACAUGGGGAGCAAUGUAAUGGAGGACCAGGACUUGAGAGAGAUUGGAAUCGCAGAUCCGAGCCACAGAAAGAAGAUCCUGCACGCAGCACGUUCCUUUCCAAAGGUGAAAGCGCUCGGCUGUGACGGCAGCAACUCCCUGUCCUCCUGGCUGGAGAAUCUGGGCCUGCAUGAGUACUUGCAAAACUUCCUGUCCAGCGGCUACCGCACUCUGGACUGCGUCAGAAACCUGUGGGAGCUGGAGAUUGUCAAUGUGCUAAAAAUUAGCCUACUUGGUCACAGGAAACGCAUCAUCGCUUCCUUAGCGGAGAGGCCUUAUGAAGAGCCUCCUGUCAAACCUCCUCGUUUGUCUCAGAUCAGGUGCCAAGACCUGCCUGGAUCCCAGACUUCAUCUCCCAUGAGUCAGAUGGAGCCCUACACAGGACGCUCAAUGGACCCUCUGCUGCCUGCAGGCGAGCCAGGGAGGAAAAAAGCACAAGAAAACGACUAUGACGUUACCCAAAGAUAUCGCAGCGAACGACACAGGCCUCCUGAGCGACAUGAAGACUGGCAACGAGAGCCCCGCCUGACCUUGCGGCCACCUAGUCUAGCAGCACCGUACGCCCCGGUUCAGAACUGGCAUCACCAACCAGAGAAACUCAUCUUUGAAUCCUGCGCUUAUGAAGCUAGUUAUCUUGGUUCCAUGCUUAUUAAGGAACUAAGGGGCACUGAGUCCACGCAGGAUGCUUGUGCCAAAAUGCGGAGGUCAACAGAGCAAAUGAGAAAAGUCCCGACUAUCGUCCUCUCAAUCACAUACAAGGGUGUGAAGUUUAUCGACGCAGCCAACAAGAACAUCAUUGCAGAGCACGAGAUCCGUAACAUUUCUUGUGCAGCCCAGGACCCAGAGGACUUGUGCACAUUUGCCUACAUCACUAAGGACCUGCAGACCAGCCACCAUUACUGCCAUGUCUUCAGCACAGUAGAUGUGAACCUGACCUAUGAGAUUAUACUGACACUGGGCCAGGCGUUUGAGGUAGCAUAUCAGCUGGCUCUGCAGGCCCAGAGGACCAAACCGCACCAGAGCGUCCCAGCUGGAUCUGGAUCAGAGGUCAUUGAGACAAAGUCCAGCAAACCUGUGCCCAAACCACGAGGCAGCAUACGCAAAACAGCGGGGGACAUCGUGGACCAGGAAGGCGAUUCUCAGUCCCAGGGUAGUGCCACGUGGCUCAUGGACCCCAAGGAAUCCAAGCGCACUAUCAGCACUAAGCGACGGCCGCUCUGAGGCUUUUCACUCUGACGUUCCAACUCCUGACUUCACCGAGUGCUGAGAAAACUGAUUUUUACCACAGCCAAGAGUGACCCACUGCACACAUCCCGUACCUGGAUGGACACGUUUCCUGAGGAAACUGUGAAACCGAUCCUGUAAUUCUAUGCAUCAGUCGGACUGUAGCAUGUUUAUGUUCGCAGGGAUGCAGGUGUUAUUGAGGUUAAAUAAGAUCAAUUAAGGGCAAGGCUUUUUUUUCUUCUUCUUCUUCUUACGGUCAGCUGCCUGCUUAAAGCCAAAAGAGGCCAAGAUCCUAGCACUGUGAUAUGAUCCUUUUGAUGCUAAUGAAGUAAGCAUUUUGGGGUGGGGUUUCUAGAGAGCAUCAGAGGGACAGAAUAGGGCACAGAGGCAGACAUGGAUCUGCAUGUUAGUGGUCCUUGCUCCAAAAAAAACAGCUCAAACGAAUUCAAAACUGGCAUGCCGUCAACUAUCAGUCAGGAUUUAAACUCAAUGCUUCGUCUAGAGUGAACUAACUACACCUAAGCACUUACAUAAAAUCCUCAAGUUUGAAAGAAUAAGUGCAUUUUCCUCUUUUUUUUUCCUUUCACAACAAAUGCCUUCAGUGUUCAUCCUGUCAGCAUUGCCUUUCCCCCCCAGUCGUACCAGGUUAAUGUUUCACAGAUGCUUGGUGAAAAGAGUUAAUCAUUACGAAGGACUUAAUCCAUCACUAUAGUGCUGUUUGUGUCCAUCGGUUUUACUUAAUUUUAACUCCACUGCUUUGUGUGCGUGUGUCUGUGUCCCUUCCCUGUAGCUGACACUGUGGCCAAUCCCAGACAGUGAGAAAAGGACAGGAAUGAGCCCUGUUGAGUGGUGGGUAGGAUGUUUUGCUGGAUCAUUGCCCCACUUCUCACCGAGCAGAUCACAUCAGCAGUCGGAUUGUGCCCACAGUUACACACGGGCCUGGAGAAUAAGACGGAUGUAAACCUUUCGCCAACGCAACACGCUCCCCCGGUUCAUCAGACUUCUCCAACUUCAUCACCCUGCACGCACGCACGCACGCACCCGCCUCCAUUUAACUUCUCGAUGCUCAGAAAAGUGAUGGUUGUUCCGUGCGACAUUAGAGACGGAUGUGUUUGUUGUGUUGCGUGCAUUUCCUCCGAAAUGAACCAUCACGUCCCUCACUGAGAGUUGGUGUUUAUCGUUUCAGGAAAUGUACCUGCCGUUUUCAAAGCAGAACUUGUAGUUAAAGGGGAAGUUGCUG